AUGUUUGGAGGUUUGCAUGGUGGAGGUUUGCGUAUCAACAGAUGUGAUGGUAUUUUGGCCUCGUUGAACAACCCGACGUUUUCGGACGUUCAAGUUCGCCUCCCAAGCGGGAAGGAGACCUUGCACUGCCACCGGCUGGUGCUUGCUGCGGCGAGCCCGGUGCUGUGCAGCAAGUUCGGCUCGGAGUUCCAAGACGCCAAGGAGCCGCUUUGGGCGCCGGACUUCGGCUCGGGCGCGGCCUGGACAUGGCUGCUGCGGUGGAUGUACGGCGCCGAUGAGACCUUGCCGCCAGAGAUGAUCGUGGAGGUGCUGCUGCUGGCGGACCGCCUGGAGAUUCAGCCGCUUUUGGCCUCUGUGGAGACGCACGAUAUUCGAUUGCGCGACGGCAUCGUGGGGCAGAUCUUGGAGGCUUGGGCUUGCCCCGCAGUCCUCGAAAAGGUGGCUGCGCGUUGCAUUCCAUCCCAAUUGGGAUGUGCAGAUUGCGUGGAGCGUUCACUGGCCGGAGCCAACGUACCCAACGCAGUCCUGUUUCUGAAACACGUGCCUGUCCUGACUGAGCUUGACCGGCUUCAUCUGAUUCAGUGGUACCAGCGCUGUCGGAGCGAUCUGCCGGAGAACUGGUGGUUGGAGACUGUCAGAUGGGAGACAUGGCCCAGCAAAGCCUUGGACGCUGCACAUGAAGGAGAUCUCGCCCCGCUGGAGUUGCCGGAAGGUGUUUCCUUAAAGUGGAGUCCGGCUCUACAAACAAAGAUGCGGCGCUCCAUGUUUGAGCGCUGCACCAGGCUGGAGAGACUCGGUGCAACUUCUUGUCAAAUUACUCCGCAGGGUCUCAUUGCUCAUCACGGCGCACCUUUUAUCAGACCUGGGAUUUUCCACUACCUGCGAGAACGGACAGAGAAACUGGACGUACAAUUGUCGUCUUUCCGCGAGGUGCAUGGGCUUUUCUAUUCCUCCUGCUAUGAGCUGUUUGAUCUGGACACACAUGAAUUUGGCACAGAGGCUGAGCUGAACCCUUGGAUCGCAGUGACCCCGGAGAGGUGCACGCUGCGGCCUCUGGCGGUUGGCCUAAAGCAUGGAGACCAACCGGGGCAUCAUGUCUGCGAGUCUUUUGCGCUGGAAGCUCGUCGCCGUGGCGACGAAUGGCAAGAGCUGCUCCGGAUAACAGAUCAGCCACUGUCAGUCAAAGGCCAUGUGUUUGAACUUCCCCACAGCAAGCACUUCUUCAAGAGCAUCCGCGUGCGCAUGAUAUCGCCCCAGCGGCGGCCGCUGAUGGUGUCGUGGCUGGAGGUUUUCGGGCACCUCAAGACUGACUUGCCUGGCUGGACUGGUGCGGCAGCAUAG